UUACUGUAGAUUGGCUCUUUGCGAUUACGCUGGCUUUUUAGUUUUUACCCCCUUCGGCACGAGCGAGGAGAAAGAAUAGGUUUUGGUAUUCCAUAAUUCUCAAUCGGUAAAACCCCAGGCAUUUCUCUCCCGCCCGUAUAUGAACAGCAAUCUCUUCAAGAUGGUUACGUUUUGCACCUGAUAUGUGUUUAUAUGAGGAAACUUGGAUAUGGGAACUCGAAAUUUCUUGCGGAGUUUGGCAAACAAGUAUUUUACCUUUGGGCUCAUAGGCCUUACUGUUUCUGAUCGAUAUGCAAGUAUUGUUCCUGUACGGGGGGCUUCUAUGUCUCCCACAUUUAAUCCUCGAGCCAGCAGUUUUACGGAUGACUAUGUUUUGUUGGAGAAGUUUUGCCUUGAAAAGUACAAGUUUUCACAUGGCGAUGUGGUAGUUUUCCGCUCCCCAAGUAAUCACAAGGAGAAACACAUAAAGAGAAUAAUUGCCUUACCAGGUGAAUGGAUUGGAACCACUCAUAAUUCCUAUGAUAUGUUGAAGAUUCCAGAUGGACAUUGUUGGGUAGAGGGUGAUAAUUCAGCUUCUAGCAAGGAUUCUAGAUCUUUUGGCCCAAUUCCUUUGGGUUUGGUUCAAGGAAGGGUGACCCACAUCGUAUGGCCUCCUCAGAGAAUAGGUGCAGUCGAGAGAAGAUAUCCUGAGGAAAGAGUUUCUUCUCUCUGAUAGUAUGUCGACUGUGGAUCUCAUUUUGCGAGGGAAAACAAUUUGUUUUUUUUCCUGAUUCAUGUCCUUUUGGGCAUUUGCCGAGGAAGCAUUUUUUGAUUGGAUUUCCAUCUUGUCAAUGAUGGUUGAUAUGAGCCCAUUGUACGUUUAGGCUCUUUUAGUGAGAUCUAUGCUGCCUUCGUUUUGGGAAGGGUAAUAAUUUUUUUACAUCA